AUGGCCUUCCUGGAGCAGCGCCCGCUGCCCACGCACGGCUACUGGGGCGACAUCACUUCUUCCUUGCUGUGGUGUGAAGAAAAAUAUCGCUGGACGCGCUACAUAGCCGAGCCGGCAAACACGAUUUCCAACCUCUUCUUCCUAGCUCUGGCCCUCUACGGCGCGCGCAGCUGCCUGGCGCACGACUUACCUCUGCGCUUCCUCCUCGUCAAUCUCGGCAUUGCGCUCAUUGGCAUCGGCAGUUUGCUCUUCCACAUGACGCUCAAGCACGAGGCUCAGCUGCUCGACGAACUGCCCAUGAUCUACACCAGCCUGCUGCUUACGUAUGCCGUGUGCGAGACGACAAAGAGGGGACAGAAGAAGAGGUUCAAGGUGCUCCUGCCCGCCACUCUCGUACUGGCCGGCGCAGGCGUCACCGCGGGCUAUGUGAGUGGCAUCUACGUGCGACAUGGGUUGAGAGCGUGGGGAGAAUGAUCCGCAGAGAAGGGCAAGCUGCAGCGAGAGGCUGGCAAAGGGUAGAAAGCGGGCCCCGUUAUACCCGGGCGGGCAUGUGGCCCGACGCUGCAGUGAUGGGGCAACCUCGGUCACCCCCGCGAGAGACAGCAUCG